CCGGCCCGCGCGGGCCCGCGCUCGCUUCCUCCCCCGCGGCCGCACUCACCCGCUCCGGAUUCGGCCCCGUCGCCCCCGCCCGCGCUCCAGAGCCGGCUGAGAAGCGCAGCGGCGCGGGCUCCACGUGCAGCGUCUCUCCCGAGCCGUCCGGUCGCAGAGUGUCUCCAAGACGCUUCCUGUCCGGAUCACCAUGAUUCUUCAGAGACUCUUCAGGUUGUCCUCUGUUCUUCAGUCUGCAAUCUCAGUCUCUCUGAGGAGGAACAUUGGUGUCACAGCAGUGGCGUUUAAUAAGGAGCUUGAUCCUGUGCAGAAACUCUUCGUGGACAAGAUUAGAGAAUAUAGAACUAAGCGCCAGACAUCUGGAGGUCCUGUUGAUGCUGGCCCAGAGUAUCAGCAAGACCUAGACCGGGAGCUUUUUAAGCUUAAACAAAUGUAUGGUAAAGCAGACAUGAAUACGUUCCCUAACUUCACGUUUGAAGACCCCAAGUUCGAAGUUGUCGAGAAACCGCAGUCUUGAAGCAGUAAUGUAAAACUGAUCUGGUAAUUUGUCCUAGUUGAGCUGUACAGCUACCCAGAAGUAACAGAAUAAACAUACAUUUCACAGCUGUCA